AUGGAAACCCAGGACGACAGCCUAGAUAUCGCGAAGCUGCAACGCGACGCGUUGGGUUUGGAAACUCAGCCUUUCAUUAGAGAUCCUAAAGCCAUAAGAGAGGAUCGUGCUUCGCCUGUCACCCACAAUUCGAUAACCCUGCCACACACUGUCGACUCCGUCUCGACUUCCAUUCCUCCAAACGUGAUCGAUAAAUCCCCCAUAUAUGGAGCCCUCAGGGCACGACACCCGGAUCAUGAUGCUACAUGGCUGCUAGACACAAAUAAAGAGUCUCCUGAACAUACAACACGACCUGCACCCUCGGAACCAUCCGCGGCCAAAAUGAGCUCAGCCGAGACGCUGCCUUCUGACACCCAAGUCAUCUCCCAGUCGGUAUACGAUGAAAUCAUUCGCAAGAACAAAGAAGCUGGGAACAACGGCCUCGACAGCAAUGCCUUCGAUGGAAAUACGCUCAUGACAUUGCACGAAGGCGACAGUGUCCAUAUAGACUUGCUCUCUGGUUUUGAUGCUGCUCAGAUACAUGCCCCGAAUACCGACGAAAAUGACGAUCAGAGCAGCUCCAAGUUAGGCGAAUCCUCGCCUCUCCCGUAUGAACGCAAUCAUUUCCCCGAGUCCCAGCGGUUCCUCGCAAAGACUCCAUUAACGGCGACAAAGCAGCAUGGCGUUGAGGCUGUCUCUAGGAUCUCUCCCCUUGUCUCUCGGAACCCCUUAGCAUCUGAUAUCGAGUCGGCAAGCGGUGUUAUGGCAUUGAGUCAAGUAUUCAAGGCCACCCAAGCGCCAUCUUCUCCUCUGGUGAAUGGCCUGCAAUCAGACCUCGUGUCGGACCGUCCUUCGCCCAACAUCCCUAUACAAGUUCGCCCGCUUGCCCCUUCUCUUUCCUCCCCGUUCAAUACUCUUGCGGCGACUUUUCCUCGCGAAUCGUCGGAUACACAACUAAAUUAUGUCACCAUGAAGGAGUCACAAGCAAAUAGAAAUGGCACAGUCGGGGAAAGGAUGACGCGUUCUGCAGAUCAUAUCUACUCUGAGGACCAGAGUGACGGCGAGUUCGACCAGGAACCUAGCUUCCUUGAGCGUAUAAAACGUCAACGGAGGAUUGACGAGGAAGCCGCGCCACAAUUCGCCAUGCUCUCGGCUCCUGCGAGAAAAUCUAGCGAUCUUGAAACGCCAACUGAGAGACGAGUAACCUCGUCAUCACGGUCCUCAGAACGGCGAGAGUCAGAAGAGAGCAGGACAACGACCGUUCAUCGGGGGCAGCAAGGUCCUGUUGUUGAUCUACAAGCUGUGGGUGCCAGCGAAGAAGAGACAGAACAGGAAGAGGAGUACCCAAAGCCUACCCCGCGAUCUCAGGUACCCAAUUCUUCUACCGAGGAGGACAAGGAAAAUUUCGAUGAUGCGUCGGCAGUCGUCUUAUCCCAAACUGAAAGGGCCCAUGAUCGGCUUUCCCAGGCCCUUUCCUUCCAUGGAAGCCCGACAGAUACUUGCAGAAAUCCCGCCCAGACGUUCCCGGAUGCGGGCCCAUUUGCACAAAACGUAAACCCAGUUCGUGAAGCAGUUGAUGCUGUCCGGUCUUCACCGAUCUCGGUCGUGAGAGAUUCGCAGUGGUCCCCUGAACGUGAUGGUGUAGAGCAGGCUGAACUGACGAUUGUGGAAAGCCCAAGUAAUCGAAGCCAGACACGUCUGCGUGAUUCUCAAUCGCGAAGCGCCGCAACGGCUGGCCAUAGACUAGCUAGAUUGUCACCUGCUAAGCAAUCUCCUGGCCAGCUGUCCACCCAAGGGUCUCAGGUCUAUAGCGGACAGUCCCAAGAUGUUGCUGCCACUCUACCUCGCUCGGAAAUUGCCGGUUCUGCCAGGUCAGUCAAUGCAUCUCAACAAAGCUCUGCGGGUCCGCAUGCCGUUCCAAAGAAUUCAACGAAUGUGGUUGAGAUUGGAGAACGAGUGCCUGUCUUUGAUGUUCAGGGCAAGUCAUCGUCAAUGCCAUCACGUGUCGCCGAAACGCCUGUCCACCGGCGGCAGAGAAGUGCUAACGAAGUGCCACCGUUUGCAACCAUCCCGGAAACAAGUCCAACCCGCUUAAACAAUGAAGGUUGGAUGAGCGAUGUCAACAACGAAGCGGCAGACCAAGAGGACGAUGAUUUGCCUCCUCCAUACCCAAGGGCAUUGGAGCAGGCUAAUCAGCCACUCCCAGUCAUCUCUGAAACCUCAUCCCCAAUCAAGCAUCUUCUAAAUUCAAAAAUCCUGUCAAGUCCGAGUGGAAGGCAGCGGAGAGCUUUGACUGAGAUUGCGGCUGAUGCUUCGCCCCAAAUUGGAGGCGCCGCUUUUGAUAUUGAUAUGGAUAUCAUGUCGGUCGAGGACCACGAAUUUAGAUCUGCCGUUGCGUUGUCUCCCGUUCCCCCACGGAAGAAACGACGUGGCAAUGAUGGCCGGAACAUCCCAGCGUCAGAUCCAAUAAUACCAAUCACACCACAUGCAGAAUCUGACCUCACUCCUCAUAAGGGAGAAGAGGUGACUGCGGCACCACCCAAACAACCUAUGCAGCCAGCAAGCCAGCGUCCAAAUACAUUUCUGCGACGCCCAAAGCCUCCAAGACGCUCUGGAUCUAUUUGGGACACCGAAGAUUUCCCUAAGUUUCGGAUAUCCAGUAAGGAAAGGUCUCAAAUACUUGCUCGCUCACAGGCCCGAGAACGUCAGCCUUCACCGGUUCUCGCGCCUGAGCCAAAGGAAAUCCCACAACCUAUCUCUGCCCGCGCUCAAGCUCCUGUGGAGAUCUCUUCCACUCCAGUCCAUGAAGCACCAAGUAGCGAGUUGGUUGUUGAAGAGAGUCCGGCCGAUAUAGGCCAGCAGACCGUCCCUGAAAGCGCUAUAGUGGCGCCAAAUCAAGUCCUUGCAGCUUGGAGAGGGCAGAAGAGGGCCUAUUAUCCUGCAAUCUGCUUAGGGGCACCUUUUGGGACCUCGCAGGAUCAGUACAUGGUCAAGUUCGAAGACAGCGCUCCAGUUGAAGUUCCGAAAGGUGUUGUUAAGCAGCUUGAAUUGCGUGUUGGCGAUGCCGUGAAAGUCGAUAUGCCGAAUGUUCCCAAGGUCACUCACAUCAUCAAAGGCUUUGCCCACAAACUCAGCGCAGAAGAGGCUGCCAAGACAGUCACAGACGUGUAUGGCCACGCAACUCUUGUUGUCGGACAAAAACAACGCAAGAGCCUUCCAAGUGGUGCCUUCGCAGGCCCGGACAAUGUUAUCAAUGUUCCCGUCUCGCGAAUUUACCUGGACACAAUAUUGUGGAACAGAAUCAAAGAUCGGCCUUAUACGUAUAGUUCUGGCUCUGGAAGCUCAGAGAGCAGACUCCAAACUCCAUCAGACCGACAUAUUACACCAACCUCGCCAAGCACGCGGUUAUCUCGCAGCUUCCGUCCCUCAACCGGUCUGUUUUCCGGUAUGAUAUUUGCAGUGUCUUAUGGUGAUAAGAGCGAGGCCAAGUACCGUGUGACCAAGAUGAUCCUAGAAAAUGAUGGGCGCAUUCUAGAGGAUGGCUUUAAUGAAUUAUUCGAUCUGCCAUCGAAUGCCCCAAUUGCGACGCCGACAAAAACAACAGGUGCACAGCCAACGGGCAUCAAUCAUCAUCUUCGUCUCAAGCCCGGGGUCGAAGAAGCUGGUUUUGCGUGUCUAAUUGCAGAUAAACACUCACGUCGCCCGAAAUAUAUGCAGGCGCUAGCUCUGAACAUUCCCUGCCUCUCAGACCGCUGGGUAGAGGAUUGCGUUGCUAAAGGCCGGGUGAUGGAUUGGGAGUUGUACCUUCUCCCCGCCGGCGAAUCAUCAUACCUCAACGGGGCGACAAGGUCAAGGAUCCUCUCGCCCUACCCGGCCACAGGCGCACGACUUUCUGAGACGGUUGCAGCGCGACCGAACCUCUUAGACGGGCAAUCUGUAUUGCUUAUCACGGGUCGCAACGGAAAAGCGGAUGAGGAACGAAGGAAAGCCUAUAUCUUCCUUACUUAUGCUCUGGGCGCGUCAAAAAUCGAACGUGUUCCUGACAUACAAUCAGCCCGGGCUACACUUCACACUCAGUUACAGAUUGGGCAGGAAACAUCCACCUGGGAUUGGGUCUAUAUUGACGACGAUGACAAGGCAACAAAAGCUUUAGCGACUGGCUCCGGAGCGGUCUCCUCGAAGAGGCGGAGAAAAUCCCGGCUCACAGAAGCCUUAAGCGGAGACGACCUGGGCUUGAACAGCAAUGUCCGGAUUGUGGGCAAUGAGUUUGUCUGCCAGAGUUUGAUUCUGGGCCGGCUAGUUGAUCAGUGA